AUGGCUACCGUCUCGCAGUCCACCACGUCUCUCAGUAGCAGUGGCAAGUCAAGCCAUCACAACCGCCCGGGAGACGAAUCUAGGGGCGCUGGUAGCAUGGCAGAACCAAACGAUGUCGAAAAGCUCUCUCCCACUCCGCCGCCUACGGGCCCACCGCAGCCAACCGAGAAUGAUCUGUACAAGCCAAAGAGCCUAAUGUUCUGGUUGACCCUGUUGUGCAACUUUAUGGCGCUGUUUCUCGUCGCUCUUGACAGGACAAUUAUCGCGACCGCCGUUCCGCGCAUCUCGGACGAGUUCAAUGCUUUGGGCGAUAUUGGAUGGGUCUUUCUAGUCAGCGUUGUCGUCUUCGAAAUUGGCUCUGCCAUCUGCGGUGCGGCACCGAGCUCAACCGUCUUUAUUGUCGGCCGUGCCAUUGCUGGCAUGGCUUCUGCCGGUAUCUUCUCAGGCUGCAUGUUGAUCAUGAUCCCUAUGAUCCCCUUACACCGCAGGCCUGCCUUCCAAGGUCUCUUCGGCAUGGUGUUCGGUAUCGCGUCGGUUAUGGGCCCCUUGAUCGGCGGAGGCUUCACGAGCGGUGCCACUUGGCGUUGGUGUUUUUACAUCAACUUGCCCAUCGGUGCUGUUAGCUUUAUCUUCAUGGUCUUUUUCUGGAACCCACCGAAAGCGAAGCGCGAACCUGCUAGCCUUGGCGCACAUAUCAAAAGACUGGACCCCAUCGGCAUGAUCUUCUUCCUUCCUGGAACCGUGUGUCUUUUGCUUGCUUUACAGUGGGCUGGUUCGACUUAUGCGUGGAAUUCGUGGCGCAUCAUUCUCCUCUUCGCGCUCUUUGGGGCAUGUACCGCGGCUUUCAUUGUUGUCCAGAUUUUGAAACCCAAGACGGCUAUGGUGCCGCCAAAGGUCAUAACACAGAGGAGCGUGGCUUUUGGUACCUCCUUUACCUUCUUCUUGGCAGGGUCUAUGCUUAUGAUGGUGUAUUACGUACCAAUAUGGUUCCAAACCGUCAAGCAGGUCGAUCCCAUCAAGUCGGGUAUCUACACACUCCCGCUCGUUCUCAGCCUGGUCGUUUCGAGUAUCAUUGCCGGUAUCAUUACCCAGAAGAUCGGAUACUAUGUACCAUCUAUGCUCGUUGCUCCCUCACUCAUGUCAGUCGGCGAGGGUCUCAUGAGCACACUUAACCCAGGCAGUCCGUCUUCGCACUGGGUCGCCUUCCAAUUCCUGACAGGGUUCGGUCUCGGUUUUGGAAUGCAGACUUCAGGUUUGGCCAUCCAGACAGUUUUGCCGAAAGAAGAUGUCAGCACAGGCAUUGCCAUUAACUUCUUUGUUCAACAAUUGGGCGGUGCUGUUUUCACAUCGGUUGGCCAGACCAUCCUCAGUAACCUUCUCGUCAAGAAACUGUCCGGAAUCCCUGGUAUCGGAGGCCAUGUCAUCGUCAACGAAGGCGCCACACAACUCACCAACGAAGUACCGCCGGAAUACAAAGACCGCGUACUCGACGCAUAUAACUAUGCCUGUCAGCGCAUUUUCCUAGCGGCCAUGGGCCUAGCAUUCGCCUCACUCCUCUGCGCAUGCGGAAUGGAAUGGAAGAGCGUCAAGAAGGGAAGACAAGGACCACCACCGUCGCAACCUCCCGCAACUGGACCUCAAGGACCCAACGAAGGUCUUCUCCGUCCGUCGUCAUCUUUCCUUCCAAACGGUCCCUCAGAAGGAUCAACAACAAAUGGACUGAUCAUGGCCAAGAAGGAAGCGCCAGCGGAAGGUCUCCCGCGACAACAUCUCAGAAGCCGAAACUCGAGGAGAGAGUCACUCGCAUCUGAGGGUAGGGCCUCGGGAGUGUUGACAAAGCCACCGCCGGCAUAUAUGACCCCUGGGUCUCCGGGCUCAGCUAAGGGCAGUCCUAGAUCCAGUGAUCAAAGGGUGGAGCAAGAGAUGCGGUCGAGUUACCACUCGGCGCCGAGGAAUACGGCGAGUCAGGAGAUGAAGGAGCUUCCUAGUCCUGCUGCUUGAUUUUUCUUGAAAAUAGUUAACGUAAGUUGGAAGUCCGGGGAAAUGAGGUCUUGGUGUUGGACAAGAUGAUGUAGUUCAGGAAAACAACUUUGUAUUCAAUUCGGGAUCGGACGGAGUCAAUGGCGUUUCUCACAUACCUUAUGAUGGAAUUCGGUAACGGUUAAGGAUAGAAGGCGAGUAUGACGAAUUGGAGUACCUAUUUGGACACCUGUAUUAUCAAUAACGAACACCACUAUGUUACUGGGUUGGUUGAUGAAUGGGGACGGGUUCAAACAGGGUUUGGUACGAAAGCGAUGUCAGGAUACUGUAGGUAGAUAGGAGGAAGUAGAGAACUGGAGUGUAAUGGAAAAAGGAAAAAAAAAAAGACAAAACUACCCCAAAAGUGUUGAUAGGAACUCGUGUUCGUUCACUGACAUCUCUC